AUGUUAUUCUUUGAUGCCUCGCUCGAGCCAUCUAGCGGUGAGGUGGUGAAGCUCUUGCAAUUCAGUGACGGGGAAGUUGCAGACAGUGACUUACGCGAAAGUGUUUGUUUUGCUUCUGUUGGUGCAAAACGGUUUCAAAUGGCCUCGUUUGCAAGAAAUUCGUUCAAUCCAAACAAGAAACCAAGUGAUCCAGAGAGAUGGAUUUGCGUAUAUCCAGCUUAUAUUGACAGCAACAAGACAAGGGUUGAUGGCCGUCGGGUUCCCAAAUCUCGUGCCGUUGAUAAACCCACUUGUUCGGAAAUUUGUGAUGUCUUGACAGCUGCCAAUUUCAAGGUUGGAGUUGAACCGAAAUUCUAUCCAAGGGAACCAAGCAAGGAGGAUGAAAUGCGAGGGAGGGUUAGAGUUCAAUUGAAGAAUGAAGACGGCACACCUGUAAAUCCAGCAUUUCCUUCACGGGAUUCAGUCUUAUUAUACAUUGGUGAGAAAAUUCCCCAUUUGAAGAGUAGGGUCUUUAAAUCAGGUGGAGAUGGACAGUCUGCCAACCAAGGUGGUGGUGGCAAGAAAAAAGGCAAAGGAGGAAGACGUUGAUACUAGCUAUUGUAUACAGGAGGACAACAAUAAAGUUACUUUCUUCUUUA